AUAAAUAUGUCAAUCAUGUCACUGGAAUAUGUUUAUGUCAAAGUUGUAAAUGGCAACUGGUUUCAUUCUCAAAAUGUUUGCUAAAAGUUUAAUAAUUUCGUAUAAUUUAUUAGUGAUGUGUCGUUGUUUUGUAAAUAUUAAGUGAAAAUAGAAUCGGGUCAGUUUAAAUAAGUGAGCAAAAUGGCUUCAGGUGAUACAAUAGAAACUAUCGAAGUUGUUGAACCUUCUUUAACAAUAAAUAUGAACAAUGCGAAAGAUUCUGGAGGAUUACACGAUUCCCUGGAUGAAAGUGAAGAUAAGGACUCCUCAAUACACAGAAAUCUGCAGGAUGCUGGUCAAAAACAGUUCUCAAAUGUGGCCAAAACGAAAGCCGAGAGGGAGAAGGAAAGGGAAAGAAAAAUCGGCCAUCGGAGGGUCGGUGUUGGUGGCGAAAUCACCUACAAAAAAAUCCAGACUAGUCAAAUUAUGGGUUCUAUACAACUAGGUAUUCAACAUGCUGUUGGAGGUCUAGCAUCAAAACCUGAACGUGAUUUAUUAAUGCAAGACUUUAUGACCGUUGAAACGACGAAUUUUCCAAGCGAAGGCUCCAACCACACUCCGGCUCAUCAUUUUUCCGAGUUUAAAUUUAAAACUUACGCUCCGAUAGCUUUUAGAUAUUUCCGAGAUCUGUUCGGAAUACAACCUGACGACUUUUUAAUGUCAAUGUGUGAUAGUCCCUUAAGAGAGUUGUCCAAUCCUGGAGCUAGCGGAUCGAUUUUUUAUUUGACUAGUGAUGAUGAAUUUAUUGUUAAGACUGUACAGCAUAAGGAGGGAGAAUUUUUGCAAAAAUUAUUACCCGGUUAUUAUAUGAAUUUGAAUCAAAAUCCGCGAACGUUAUUACCGAAAUUUUUCGGCUUGUACUGUUAUCAAUGUAAUAGCAAAAAUGUAAGACUGGCAAUUAUGAAUAAUCUGUUACCUAGCUCAGUAGUGAUGCAUCAAAAGUAUGAUCUCAAAGGAAGCACUUAUAAAAGAAAGGCGUCAAAAGCCGAGAGUCAGAAGCGUUCUCCUACUUACAAAGAUCUGGAUUUUAUGGAACAUCAUCCUGAGGGAAUUUUAAUGGAAGCUGAUACGUACAACGCUUUAAUAAAGACGAUUCAUCGAGAUUGUCGAGUUUUGGAAAGUUUUAAAAUUAUGGAUUAUAGUUUAUUAUUAACGAUUCAUAAUUUGGAUCAGGCGCAGAGGGAAAAACAAGAACAAAGAUCUCGUAAUAAUCUAGAAGAAGUACCCGAGGAAGGUACUCUCUCUGAUGCUAGUGGUGCUAUGAUUCAUAAUGAAAGGGAAAGAGAAAAGGACGACAGAAUCGGAGCUGCCGCUUUGAAUAGAAGUAGAUCAAUCAAUCGACAAAGACUGGUUGCUCAUUCCACUGCCAUGGAGAGCAUUCAGGCGGAAUCGGAGCCUAUAGACGAGGACGAGGACGUUCCUCCUGGCGGAAUUCCUGCAAGAAACGCUAAAGGAGAACGUCUGCUGCUGUUUAUCGGAAUAAUCGACAUCUUGCAGAGUUAUAGAUUAAAGAAGAAAUUAGAACACACUUGGAAAUCAAUGAUUCACGACGGGGAUACUGUAUCGGUCCAUAGACCUAGUUUUUACGCUCAAAGGUUUCAAAAAUUUAUGGCUGAAAAAGUGUUCAAAAAGAUACCUUCACUGGACUUGCCCGAGAUUAAGGGCAAUCAUCGCAAGUUUCGCACACUGGUUACCAGCUACAUAGCGUUAAAACAUUCCCCGUCAAAAAGAAAAUCUCUGUCGCGACCCCUCCGACCUCACGAAGAAUCUGAUAAUAACACUACAGCUGUGCAGGCGCAGGUGAAUGCUAGCCAACAGAACGGAAGCAAAACCGUGAGUCCUACGGAUACGAUACCCGCCAAAAUCUCACCUCCUUCCUAUCCUUCGGCCGGAACGCCUCUCACCUCACCUCCCGGUUCCUCGUAUCCUGCUGUUCUCGUAGGACGGUCGAGUACCGAAAGUAAGCCUAAAGUGCCCCCGCCAGUACCUCCCAGAGGCACUCCCAAAGUAAAAAAGGGCAACGUCAACGGGAAAGGUGUAGCUCCAAGUUGCUGCAGUACCCCUCCGCCAACCUUCGAUGAAGUCCUUGAACAGAGAGCCUCUGCAUCCCUCGAAGGAGUCCCUUCAUCUACGCCGACCAGAGUUAGGGUGGGUUCCCAUCAUUCGCACCAUCACGUAACGGUCAAGAAUUACAAAGAGGACGUUGUUAGUUUUAGUAUAACUGAUAUUAAGCUGGAGUCUCGCGCCGAGACAAAGUCGUCGUUGAGCGUGGAGUCGGGCAGUUCGGGGGCCGGUCAUUCGAGCCACUCACGGGGGUUGGCGUGGACGCCUCCCGCAUCCGUCGAGGGCUCCACCCCGACGUGGACCGAAGGUACGCCUUCAUUUACUGAAUCAUCAAGUAGCGGAGAUAUGGUUAAAGCUUAGUUAAGACGAAGCGAUGUGUAGGAUGCCCGACGACGCCGUUGCGUCAAUCGUCGAACACUUCCAUGAAGGCAGGACAUCACAAGCGAACAGUGGAACACGCCAUCAACUGUCUCACCUCAGAAAUGGUGAGUUCCAAGCCUUAAACACAAUAAAAGCAUCUUUCACACCCAGUCAUACCAAAUUCAGUUAGUAAUAAUCAAACAUGGUUUUUUAAAUUUUGGUUUCAUCUUGAGUGUGGGUUUUGCGAUAACAAUUUCACUCACUUGUGCUUUUUCAAUCACUUUUCGAAACUUUGAAGGUUUCGAUUUUAUUUCAGAUUGAAAAAUUUUAACCUUCAAAGGCUCACAGCACUGGUUUCACCAUGUAAAUCAGUUGUUAUUACACAGUUUUCGUAAAAUCUAAAUCUAGGCUGAAACUGAUUUUUAGUUUUGUUGAACAUUAACAUAAACUGCUGCAUUAUUCCAAUUCAAAUUAAUUAUUUUUUAUUUGACUCCGACACUCAUCCAGAAAUAAGAUUUUAUAUAAAUACGUAUUUCUUCUUUCUUUUUUAAAAAUCAUUGCGAAAUUGUUUGGAUUUUAUUAUUAUUUUAUUUACUUUUGGAUGUUAAAAAACAAAAUAAAAGAAACGUCUUUUUAUCAAUGUUUUAGAUGUAAAAUGUGGGUCAAUUUUAAAAGUACAUAUUUUCAACAGUUGUAUGUGAAGUUGAACUUCGCACAUCGAAAACUAAUUUUGAAGUAUUUUAAAAAAUGAAUUUAAAUAUUGUAGAAAAAACAUUCUAUGUAUUAUGUAUACGAAACUGUUUUAAACGCUCAAAUGUCUUUUUGUCUCGACAAAAAUUCAAUAUAUUCUUGCGUUGUUUCGGACACUUUUUUUUAAAACAAUAAAUACAUAUUAUAGAUUUUAGGUUUAUUUCAAUCUACUAUGUUAAUUUUGUGCCAUAUAAAAAACACACUUGACAGAAAUAGGUUUACAAAGAAAUAAUUAAGUACUAGGGCGUAGAUUGAAAGUCUUGUGUAGUAUUUUAAAAAUUGAAAAACAAAAUUGUUUUAAAUUAAUCAGUUUUUUACAAAAUUUAAUAAUUCGGUUUUUAUUAAUCAUCAAUGAACGUUUUUAUUUUUCUAAAAAAAAAUUAUUUGUAAAUUAUUGGUAAAUCUUCCAAUUGCCUUGUUAACAUUGGUGACAGAUCUCAGAACUUUUAAAUUUUGGGGUAUUUUUUUCAUUAAAAUAGGUCCUAGAAAUCGCAUCUCCAAAAACUUCAUGUCAUGUGGUUUUACAAAUACUUUUUACAAAAACAUUUUAAUACUUUUGAAUUUUGAAUACAUAAUUCGAAAUUACGAAUGUUUAACUAAAUUAAAAAUCUUAUUUCUAAUCUGUUAUCAACGUUUUAUUGAAAUAUUUACUACAUUGCAAUACCGAUGUUUGUUGAACAAUUUACUUUCGUUUUUAUUGGACAAUAUUUAUAUUACCUGCAUAAAACACUGUAUUUUUGCAGUUUUUAAUUAAAUACAAGUAUCUAUUGAAUGUUUACUUUUCUAUUAAGCUACGUUGCAUGUUAAACACUUUCGUUAUCAUCUACUAUUUCUACUUAUAAAAGAGAAUGCAAACGAAAAACCAACACUUGUUCUAGUUUAUCAAACUUUAAAAAUCAGUUUCAGCUUGUAGAAACUCGCCUGACAGACAAUUCUAUCAAAUUUUCACACCUAGAAAACGGAAUUGUUUAUUCGUCCGUGUACACAGUUUACGUUUCUCGCUUACUUUUCCUCUUUGUUAGGCAUGCUUUUUGUAUACUUCUUCGUUUAUUUCUAGUUACACCGAAAUUCUUACAACUCAAUAAAAAUAUUCUCUAAUAAAAAGUGAUUUUGAUUUCUUGAUUAUUUAGUUUUAGGUUUUAGAUAGUGAUUUAAUAGUGUUAUUUUUGCAUGCGAUAAAUUUAAUUUGAAAUAGGCGUUUUUCUUUAUCGAUCUAUGUCGUUUUCGCUUUCACAAUCGUUGUCGUUAAUCGUCUGUGUACACCGACGUUAUUGACGUUGAUUUUGCGGUUCAUGCUUGCUUUGGAAAUUCACCAGGAACAACUGAAGAAUCGCGUGGACACCGAUUACAAAUGAAUGUAGGUGUAAUAGCAGACUGAUCAUCCAUCAUUUCAUCACGAUUUGUUUUCUGUUUUUUUGCUCGUUUUAUUGUAAAAUAAACGCUUCGAAGGACAGGCUUUGUGAAAAGAAAUAUUCUAAAUUCGUAGUGUUAUAGUGGUAUCGUCGGGAUUUUCGAAUUUCUUGGCAAUAAAACAUGUAAAAACUUCAAAUAAAUACAAAAUCCCUGAAGUUGUUUUGUGAUACUGAUUGUACAUAUCACUAUUUCACUGGUGUGUUUUAAUUAGUUUUAGUUGUGUGUAUCAUUAACUUGGUUUUUAUUAACUAACCAGCUUUUGUGUUUAGAUAACAAGUGCCAAUUUUCAUGUUGUUUUUGUUGCAAAAUAUAAUUUUUAUUAUUUUAGCGAAUCGAGCGAAGGUAUUUUUUUAUGCGUUGGCGAAAAUGGUGAUGAAGGAAGUUCAAUAAAAGCCAAGUUUUACUAUAAAUGUUUCCUACUGCUCGCAGUAUUGUAUAAAAUGGUUUGAAAUGUAACUGUGAAUUUACAUUCCAUUCGGUGCAAUUAGGCCAAAUUGUAAAAUUCCCGCUUUAAUUAUAUACCUACAAAAACCUAUUUGUAAAAUUGCGAUACCUAUGGUUUUAAUUCAUAUCUAAAGGCCAUUUGUGUUUUACUUUUAUUAUCUUAUACAAUCUAAUGAUUGGUCCAAAUUCUUUUGUAUUUUUUCUGUGAACUAAUCGGGAAUUACGAAUUUUAUUUAUUUAUUUUUAAUUUAUGUAUAUUUAUUAAUUUGUAAAGGAAGUGGGUUUUAGGUUUUUUAUUUUACAAUAUUACACUGGGUGGAAGAUAAAUUUGAACCAUACUCUUAGAUUAAUUUUGACGUCGUAAUUACUAUUUACGUUUAAGAUAUACCAGCCGUAUCUGUGAUAUUUAAUUAAUUCAUAAUUUCAAAGGAAAACACUGUUGAAAGUUCUAAGUAAUGUGAUAAAGAGCACUUUGUGUUUUCUCAGUUUUGUUUGAUUUAAAUUUGUCUACCCAGUGUAAUGCUCCAGUAUUAAAUCCAAUCUUUUUAUAUUUUUAUGUAUCUGAUAUCGUGUUGAAUCGUGCACUAUUUUCUGUGUAAUUUGCCUGUAAAACAAGUUAAUAAUAAUUGUUGUGUACUUACAUACGUAUCGAACUGACCAUUAAAUCGGUCUUGUAUUUAUGUUGUUUAAUCGGUUUGUUGGCCAGUUUGUCUUUUUUGGAAAUGAUGAAAUAUUGUGUAUAUGGCUCAGGUAAUUGUGCAUAAUAUUUGUAAAUGUUAGUAGCUGAUUAUGGUAUUUGAGUAAUAAUGAUCAUAAUUACUUGAAUAUACGCUUUGGAAUUUGUUGGCAGAAACGAAUUUUUAUAUUAAAUUGUUAUUAGGUAUAUUGUUAGCGAAAAUUUUAAUACUCAUUGUUUUAACUGCUUAGUGGAAUUUUGCUUUAAAAAUAUAAAUAUUUCAACAUU